GACACUAGUUGGUGAGGUCUCUGAGAAUCGACCACUCAGUGAAGACGUCCUGUUUAGCUGCGAAUUUACUUGGCGUUCAUUGGUUCAUGUCUCUGUCAGUCACAACCGGCCUGGACAUGGCGGUCGCCGGCAGCUGGCAGCCUCCCCGGCCCUGCGAGGUCUACCGCGCUGAGUGGGAGCUCUGCCGCAGCGUCAGGCACAUGCUACACCAUUACUACGUCCACGGCGAGCGGCCGGACUGCAGGCAGUGGCUGCGCGACCUGGCCAGCUGCCACGAGUGGGAGGAGAGCCGCAGCCCCGAGGCCCAGCGAUCCCUCUGUGAGAGUGAGCAGGCACGAGUCCAGGCUGCACAGAAGCACACCCUGGUAUGGGCCUUGAGGCAGGGGCCCCCUGCAGACUGGAACCUCCCUCUACCACAGAAGGACAAGUGAUGAGCGACAAACAACUGCAAUCCUGCCCUUGACCUGGAACACAGAAGAAGGCAUUUCCAGUUCUAACUGCCUAUUGCCCACCUGCAUCCGGGCUUCUCACUACUGUGAUACUCUGAAAGACACUGUGGCAAGUACUUUUGAGCAGCGAGGUUGGUCCAUCUUGUCUGUGCCAUCUUCCCUGAGAACAAGUACACCAGAGGUGGCAGUCCUCACAUGUGAGAACCUUAAGUGCACAGUGGCAGCCCUGACCUGUGUGGAUCAUGGCACAGUAGGCAGAAUAAGGUUGCUAAAUGGUUCUGCUGCAAGUGGUUCUCCUUGGCCAUGAAAAAUGGGCCUCAGUGUCUUGGGUUUGGCGAUUACUGUGUUAUCCAAGCUUGGAGUUCAGACUUGUUCAGCUCCCCUGGAGAUACAGUAGAGCAUGCUCAGUGGGCAGAGCAAUUUGCCCCUCUGCACCAGCCCCUUUUACUGGUUUUGUGGACUUUUAAGAAGAAAUGCACACAGCCUUGCAGGAACCACAGAAUCUGGGGUCAAGAAAUCCAAGCAGAGAGUCAAGAGUUCAAGUCCAAGGAAUAUGGGAUUUAGACCUCCUGAUUUCUCCUUGUUGUUAAUGUAUUAAAAGCCAUUUUAGAUGUUCAAUUCCAAAAGCAACCUGAAAAUUAAAGCCGCAUUUGUUAUGCUUUGUACCUGA